AUGUCUGAUCGAUAUGCUUCCCGGAACAAAGGCCAAUAUGGAUACAGUGGAUACAGUAAUCGUUCGUACAAAGACUCCUCUUCCCGCAGCGGCUAUGGGCGUCCCAGCCCGUUAGGAUCGUCACUAUCAGCUCCACCAAGAAAGAAAGCCUCCGUUCGGCCCGCGCCUCUACCUUCUUUAAAAUCUGAAAAUGCAGACGCUGUCAAUAUUCUGUCCUCGUCAGGGUGGGGACAGAAGAAAUCUGAAGACAAAGCAACUAAACGAGGCGAUGAUGCUCCGAUCGACGGGCUUCUGCCGUGGACUCGGCGUCGCGGCGUUCCUGGUCUGAACCAGCCCGACAAGUCAGCGAAACAGGAGGACUCGAAGAUCAAGAGACCAUCUAACCCUGCACAAGCAGCAAUGCUACCUUCUUACAUGAAACCACCUCCAGGAGAAAGGGAGAGCAACCAGCCUGUUCAACAGCAAGAUGAAGUUAAGGAGGAAGCUCAGCCCGAUUCUAACGAGAGAAGGCCCUUCCGCCGGCGCAGUCCAGAUCAGCGAGAACGAAUGAGUCCGUCAAAGAGGCGUCAAACGCGAGACAGGGACUCACCCCAAUCUUCGGAGAAAGAGAAUGUUGACUUCGAAUCAGAAAUGAACAAGCCCGGAGAAAAUCUUCAAGAAAUCAACUGGGCAGAAGACGACAAACUCGACUCAACCGCGUCAUGGGCUGACGAUAGGCCGGUCAAGUGGGAUGAAAAGAUCGACUUCUCAGAUGAAGAUCAAGACAAAAAGAAGACGGAAGUUGCGCCGGUUCCGUCUGCGGGACCGAGCAGAGCACCUCUCCAACCUGAAGCGGAUUCGACUGAUCGCUACGAUAUAAGGAACGAAGACGAUAGGUAUAACGCGCGUCACGAUCGCGGCCACAAUAACUAUGAAAAUGGAAGCAGAAGUAACGCGUACAGACCUCGCUAUGGGUCAGGCAGACCAAUCCACAGGGGCUUCUAUGAUGAUCAUAAACGAGGCAUUUACGAGUCUGAAAUUGAAAAUAGAAGGGAUGAAUCGAGACAUGGGUCCAAACACUCAUCAAGGCGAGACAUAUUUGAACGAGAAGAGCCGCCAAGACCGGCUCCAGUGAACCCACGUCGCAGUAGGAAAGGAUCGGAUAAUGUCAAUAAUCGACGACAGACGUCGGAAUCAUCUGAUCACAACAUCGAUAUUGAAAACAUCGAGCUCCAAGAGACAGAACCAGUUCAGGUGUCUAAAAAGCGCAUCAUCAAGGUGAAAAAGGAGGCAAAAAUCCGUGAUUUCACCAACGAAGAAAAAGGCGAAGACGACCAAAAGGACAAAGUUGAAGAAGAGUUUGAAAAAGAAGAGAAAAGUAAACAAAUCCGUGGAUGGAAAAAGGGCGAUAACCCUGACGAAGAGAGCGCUCAUUUUAAACCGCGAAGUGGGAAUUCCUCUCAAAAAGGUCAGCUACCGACAGCUGACGGAAGCAAGCAUAGUCGCCUUGAAAAGAAUAAUGCCGAAAAAGAGCAAAAAUCGAAUGCUAACGUCUGGGAAAAGAGGCAAAAGGAGAUCGCCAAGCGACUUGAUAGCAAGCGUGAUGACUCUCAAGAUUCCAAGAAUAAAGAAGUUUAUAUUCCAUCGGAGAAUGAUAGGAAGAAAACGCUCGGCGAGACUAAUCCUAAUGCCGAUAGAAAGAAGGACGAUCAACGGGGAAGCUCAAGGCGGGAUGAACACGAUAGACGCAGGGAGCGAGACGAGCGCGGCCCUAAUCGUCGCGAGAAACGUGACAACCGUCGAGAACGAGAACCCCGCGAAGGAAAGGAAGGCAAGCAUCCUCGAGAGCGGCCUGAUAAAAACGAUGGGCAUCACUCACGUGGCGAACGCCCUGAAAAAGGCCAGAGACAUCGGGAAGAAAAACCUGAAUCUGGUCCAAGGGAAAAGUCCAAACGCGGAGAAAACGCACGAAAAUCGGAAAAGGCCUCGAGAUCAGAAUCUCUGAAGGAUGGAAAAAGUGAACAGAAAAUCGUUAAGAUUGAGCCAGCUCCAGCUCCAACGGAGAAUGUUUGGGCGAAGCGAAUUGAAACCCGCCAACAAGCCCCGAAAGAAGAUGUCCAUAAGGAAGAGCCACAUAUCAAAGAACAAGGUUCUUUACAAGCUCCGAAAGGUAUCAAAAAUCGUGAAGAGCUUCGAGACCGUGACCGUGAUUCCCGAGAAAAUCGAGAUGGUCGAGAGCAUCGCGAUCAGCGAGAGCCUAAAGAUCGAAACGAUCGUCAUAAAGAACGAGGUGACCGAAGAGAUCGUGACCGCUCUGAUCGCGACCGCAUUCCAAGUAAGGAUCAUCACGGUCGAAAGGGCCAAAAGAUGUCCGAGGAUAGUUCCAGCAGUCACAAACAACGCCUCCACAGCAACGAGAAUCCGCUUCAGAAUUUUAGAGAAAGAGGAAACCGAAAGAAUGCCCACCAAUCCAACGAUAACGAUCACAAACCGAGCAGAAGUGAUAGACGUAAUGAGCGUCGAGAAGAAGCUCGCAAAGCUAGACCCGAGAAAAAGUCUAAAAAGUUAGAUAACUCUUCAAAAGACGGAGAUGCAUCCUCAGUUAAUGAAUCCGCGAAACAUUCUGAUAGAUCCGUUCGGCUAUACUCCCAAGACGAUGAUAACGUAUCACAAAGACCUAGAGAAAGAAAGGAGCCUAGAGAUCGUCAUGAUCGUCCCGAGCGAGACGGACAAACAGCCGGACGCGCAAAACGCGGAGGAGCUACGAGAGCCACUGAUAGGAAGAACACUCGCCGUGAUAAGAAGCCUCGUGAGAGCAGCAAAUACAAAUCAGCCGAUUUCAGAACGGCAUACGAGUUUCCCAAGCCAAGCAGCGACAUCAAAGAAGUCGAGACGCAACAUGUUGAGGCGAUACGGGGAGGAAUGUCUUUCAGGGGUCUCAUGGCGAAGAAGCGAGCGGGUUCCACAGCAGCUAUGCGUGGGUCCCGUCAAUCGAAAAGUGAAGAUUAUAGCGAGGAGCCUGAUGAGUCCGAGACUGUAGAGACUUCGAAUGAGCAAUCGAUGCAAAACUCGUCGGAAGUGGAAGAUGUUGAAGAGAUUACAGAGAAAAUAGAAAAUCUUGAAGUUGAAAAAGUGGAUGAAGAGAUCUUCAAAGAGACGAUUAAUGAUCGCAGGACCGAGGUCGAAUUCCCUGACAAGGAUCCAAACCUUGGCCAACAAUCACUCAACUUCAUCACCCCGGAAGAAGAAGAGAAGAAUCCAGCGACGAUCACGGUUGAAAGUCCAGCAGUACAAGCACCAGCUCAACCACAACCUCCACAGCAACCGAUUCAUCCUGGCCCCCGAGGUCUUCAGCCGCUUCAGCCCGCUGUGAUCAAUCGUCAGCACUUUCCACACGAUCCACAGGAACUCAUUUCUAAUCCAAAGCAAGAGGUGUUAGUUGCAGGCCAACAUGAGAGCGCCAAAUGGAAAACCGUCCACAAUGCCUGGAUUUCCGCUGAGCGAAACAUCCCUGCCAACGUGAUGCCUUCAGCAACGUGGCAGCCCUCAGCCCAGCAACCCAUCUGGAACGGACCUGACUGGAGCCAAAAUAGAGAGGGCGGCUCAUGGAAAUCGCCUACGAAGCAGGAGAAUAUUGGGACUGCCACCAGUCAGCCUGAACAAGCGAUCAAUCAGCAGCAAGCAGUCCCACAGGUUAUUCCUACCUCUUCGAUGGCACAGCCGAUAGCGAGUAUGCAGAACUCUCAGAUGAACUUCCAGGCGAACAUAACGAGACAACAAGCGAAUCCGUAUUCUCAGGGAAUUGAGAAUAACCUCGGAAGUAACUUCAAUGGUAACCUCAUGGCGAACUCAACGAACACUCUAGCCGCGAAUUACAAUCAAGCGCUCAUCAGUAAUCCAAGCAACUUCACCAACUACCAGCAACCGAUGUAUCAGAACCAGCUCCAAAUUGCCCAAGCAUCUGCUCAAGCUCUACAGGCGACUUCUUUCUUUCCCCAUGAUACGAAUGCUUUAUACAAUUCACCAUCGACAUCAAGCUCAUUUGACCUUUAUCAAGGCACUGGCAGGAGCGAGGCCAUGUUUCCAGAUCCAUCGUCUUCGCUUGGGAACCAAAUUUUCAACCCCAAUAACUUUCAAGACUACACGAACGUCAUGGGCCUCCAACGACCGCCAUCCAACACAACCAUGCAGAAUAUAUUCAGUCAACCAAUGGGGCCUACAGGAUACCGAACAUCUGGCUUUAGUGGUCUUAUUAAUCAGCAAGCAAGACAAAAUGGGCUCCCAUCGUUUCCGCAAAUGCAAGGUUUCGGCAAGUCAACGUCUCCAUCUCCUGGGUUAGCAAAGAACAUCAUCCCUCCAAACACGGGUGGAUUCGAGCAAAUGCAUCCGAAUGCUUUCGGCCAGCUUUCGCAAGUGCUUCAGUUCCGCGAGCGCAAUCGCCCAACGAGUAUAACUCCUCCUCACCACCAAAGUCGACAUAAGACGAAGGACUUUAACUUUGCGAAGGGCGGCUAUCCUAAUCAAGGAUUCGCGAACGGGUUCGAGCAAAAAGACUCUCUCAAGCAUCCGCAGCAGCAACAGCAACCCCAUCAGCAACAACAGUUUGCGGGCUUUGAUGACAAAAAUCAGCUCAACCAGCAUUUUCUCCGACAAGGCAUGGAAACUGGCUUCAAACAACCAUCAUUCCAAAAUUUCAAUGGCCAAGGAUUUCACCAGCAGCACAGACCGCAAGGAAAAAGAAUGAUGCAGCAGCAACAGUUCGGAAAUCCGUUCGAAAAGAAAGGAGUGAUUGGCAACGAGAUGCUCAAGCAGCCUAUUCAGAAGGGCGUUGGCAACAGCCAUCAUCUCCAAGGCUCGAAUGGGCAAGCUCGUGCUAGCGGCAAGCCCAGCGCCGCUCAAACCAAUCCGUCUAAAAUGGGCAACAUGGAUAACUACAAGCAAACGAUGGCUGAAGAAAGACAGAAACUGCUCGCUCUGACCAAGAACUUCGGAGUCGACGAAACCGGUACUCGACAGAACGGCCACGAAGGAAUGCAAGGCGCUCCCAAACCAAACGAUCAGGGCAGCAACGGCGUUCCGCCCGCCGAAAACGAACAGAACCCAGAAACGAUCGUUAACCUCACGUCAACUGAUCGAAAACGGCUGACUCUCGCCGACACCGCACCGAAGCGUCCCGGAGAGGUCCGUCGAAUCAUCACCAACCCAUCAUAA